AACAAAUGCUACAUUAGAAAACGAGUUCCUUAAUGCAAAUAAAAGCAUCAGCAGCAGAAGUAGAAGAAAAAACAAGUCGAUGUCAAUGCUUAAAUUGAUUUGUAACGAAAGUCAUCACUGGCACAAUGCAAAGUUUGGAUUCAUCAUGUCAAGAAGCUGAUUUCAUAAUAAAUGACACUUUGAAGAAGCUCAAAGGCUCUAAUUCAGCAAGUUCUGCCAAUGCGAAUUCGGUAUCUUUAGGUGGGUCGAGUGCUUCGAACGCAGCAAUACUUAGACAGCAACACCAUCAUCAUACACAACAGCAACAGAUUAUUUACCAACAUCUACCGCAAUCGUCAUCAUCGUCAGCACAGCAGCAACAGCAGCUGAAAUAUCAGACGUACCAGCAAUUGCAAAAUGCUCUUCAGGGCACGAAUGUGUCAUCGUCCUCGACUUCGACGUCGGGACAAUUGCAACAACAACUACAAAAUGUGUUGUCCAGUUCUCAGCAGCAUCAUCAGCAGCAGUUGUCCCCACCACAGCCACCUACACCGCCGUCCCUUGUGUCGUCUUCGGCGACGUAUAGUGUCACAUUUCCGACAAAGUCGUCGCUCAUAGAUAACAGUUUGUUGCACUGUAACAUCUCACAAAUACCCAGUCAACCUCCAUUAUGUAUAUUCGAUGAUGAUGAACCGACACCUUCCGAACAACCUCCCGCCGAACUAUUGGCACCAUCGGCCACGACAUCGUCAUCACUUAGUAGUGGCUCAACACUAAAUUCGUCACUUAACUAUGACGGAUUAGGAUUACUGGGUCAUGGCCCUGCUUCUAAUUCAAACAGUAGCCAUGGCAGUGGCACUGUACACCAUAUACCUAUGGCGGCGCCAUCGCCGUCUGUAUCUGCGUCUACAGCAUUUUCGAAUUUCAAUUCGAUAACCUCACCAUCACCUGUAGUUCCAGACCUAUUAUUGUCUACACCGCCAGGUGUAAAUUCUUCUUCACAAUCCGUCAACAAUAAUAACAACAGCAAUCAUAACAAUAAUACAAACAAAAAGGCUGAAAAACGUCCUUCUUCCUCGUCCUCAUCCUCCUCCGCAGCAUCCUUAUCGACGUCAAACCAUCUUCAUCAGCAGCAAACUCAUCACCACCACUACCAGCAGCAUUCGUCGCAGAAUCACCUUACCACACACAAUUCCCAUUUGCUAGGUUCGUCGUCGUUGCCGACAUCAUCAUCAGCAACGUCUGGGGCAACUGCAUCGCCUACCUCAUCGCCAAGUAAAAGGCAAAAAAUUAAAGACUCUUCAACGAAAAGCUCUCAUUCGCCGUCGUUACCACGAUCAACAUCAACUUCCAAUAGCUCAGGUUCUUCAUCGGCUGGUGGUGGUACCAGCUAUACGUCCACAUCUUCCUCAUCAAGUGGUUCCAAACGUGAAUCCUCAUCGCAAAACUCAUCAAGCACAUCGUCGUCGUCGUCGACACACAAGUUCUUCAAUAUACAUGAUCGAAUUAAGGAUCACUAUUUCCAGUUACUGGCCAAUGACUUGAGUCUAUUUGCCGAAACAGGGCUCAAACAACGGACUCGCUCCUUUGUGUUAGAACGUGUCGUUGAGUGUGAAAGACUCAAUACAAUUGUGGUUAAUCUAUAUCCUGGCAACAAGGGAUAUGCAUUGGCUCUGCACUACGAUGACCGUCAAGUUCUACCAGUCGAUGGUGAUGGCGGUGCUGCUUUAGUUAACGAAUAUACAUCAACGUCAUUUCCAUCUUCGUCGUCAUCAUCUUCUAUGAAAAUUGUAUCUAGUCGGAAUACAAACAUCACUGUAAACAGCGGAGGCGGCGGAAGCGGCGGAGGUAGUAGCAGCAGUAGUAAACUUCAUCCUUGUCCCAUACCACCCGAUUUGAAGAGAUCACAUAAUGAUCAUUUGUUGGCAAGUGAAAUUUCGGCAAUGGACGCCUCUGCCAGCGUUGAAUACUCAUUAGUUGAAGUUUUGCGUUGGCCCUACGAAAAUGACCAGCUAUUGCAAUGCAUCGAUCGUGAAGUUCUGCCCGACUUUUUAAUGGAUAUGCUUGCAGCAACCACAAUCACUUUACAAGCCCCCCAGGAUGAUAGUACAGGGACACCGCGCAUCUAUGCCAAACCCAAUGUUUUCUACGCCGGUUGUGUGGUGGCGCAAAUUCGCGACUUUCGACAAACGUUUGCCACCUCAACAAAUAUCUGUGAUACAAGACACGUGCUGUUACGACCCACCAAUGCAACAUUGUUCGCUGACGUCCAGCAUGUUGCGACCACGCUAAAUCAAACAAGCUCAGUCUGCGCUCCUGAAGAUAAGAUAGCUCUGGAGAGUCAACUGGUGCUGGCAACGGCUGAACCGCUCUGCUUGGAUCCCGAUCCGAGCAUAGGUCGUCAUGCCAUAAACUCGCAACACGAACGCCAACUGUUCAACACCCACGAAAUGAGGCGACAAAUGAAGAAGUAUACUCAGAUUUCCAUAAACCGCAAGAGAAAAUUGGAUCAGUUUACUCAUCACUACGGUCUAGAAUUGUGCGAUUAUCUUUCACGUCUCAGAUCGAGACCUAGGUCCGGACUAGCAGCAGCAAACGCAAACUCUGCAACGGCAGUCGGUGGAUCAGGUAAUCCACUAGUUAGUGCCACUAUGUUGACAUCGUUCGCGUCGAAGGUGCCGAAACGACCGAAAGAUGUGAUGCGCACCAUACGGCCACCUCGCCUAGACUACCCGGCAAAUCUUAAGGUACCCGAUCAAAUGAUGAACAUUGACAAGUAUGCCAAGACCAACGAGAGACCGAGGGAAACCACCGACUGCCAACCCCAACUGAUAGAAGAGUAUAUAUUGGAGACGGAGCGUGACGAUAACGAAGGACGACGAGUUGUAUAUCACAUCAAGUUGUCAAUAUUUCAAAGGCCAUCAAAUUCAGAGUACCUGGGAGAAUUGUAUGUGGAUCGUGAUUACCGGGAGGGCAUACGGAAUGGAGAGUCCUGUCGCUUUCCCCUGGGGACACGAGUCCAUGCGAAUCGUUAUAUUCAACAAUUCACGGAGAUAUUUACGGAGGAAGGUCGCAAGGCUGUAAAGAUUACCCAUUUGGUUCCGGGUCACGUGCCGAAGGUGACACACACGGGCAUAACGCCGGAACAAAGGCAGGCGUUAUUGUUGCAGCAGCAGCAACAGCUGCAGUUGCAGCAGCAACAACGGCAGGCAGCAUUAAUAGCGGCACAACAACAGCAGCAGCAACAACAACAGCAAUCUAUGCAGCAGCAACAGCAAGUCUUGUCGCAACAGCAUUUGGUGGUUGUCGGUCCCAAUGGACAACAACAGCACAUCAUACCAGCCACGGUGCAACAUGUUGCUAACAGCACAUCACAGCAGCAGCAACAGUCGGUGCAACAUGUUGCCAAGAAUAUCAAUAUUGUCAAUGUGACUGGCAACAAUACUGCCGCAGCGGUAACACACGUUCUCAGGCAGCAACAUCAACAGCAGCAGCAACAACAAGUGUCUACCACCCAAUUUAUAGAUGCCAAUGGCGCAACGGUUCAGCUGCAACAUGCCACUCUCACUGCCUCCGGUUCCAAUGCCAAUGCAACGAAUAACGCAGGCACAAACACCAUCUCAAGUGUUGGUGGACCCCACCACAUACAACUGCAGCAAAUAACUGCUGCUACUGCCACUGGUGCAGGCGGUCAAGGUCUGGGUGGAAACUCAUCGGCUGGUGCUCCGUCUACUACAACUACCCAUCAAUUGAGCCUGAGCAAUGGCUCCUUGGUAUUGGUACAACAACAUCCUCCCUCCAAUACGCAGACGGUGCACCACCAGCAAACAACGACACAUCAGGCUCUCCAGCAUGCUGGUAUAACAAUACAACCAGCCAAUGUUUCUCACCAGCAGGCACAAGGUCAACAAAAGACGCAAGUUAUUACCACAACCCAGCUGAAUUCCCUUACGUCUGGAAACAAUUCGGCCCUAAGAACCCAACUCAGUUCUAAUGUGCCACUACUGCAAGCCCAGUUGAAGGCAGCCCCUUUGGUGACUGCCACAAAUCAGCAACAACAACAAUUAUUGCAUAAACAACAAAACACUGCCAAUAGUUCAACCAAUACAACAAAUGUGGGGGGAACCGGAAAUACUACUACAACCCUGCAUAACAAUCCGGCUAUAAAUGCAAUCGUCACGAGCAUUAUGAACAGCGCCAAUCAGUGGCAGCAGCAACACCAACAGCAGCAGCAACAACAUCAGAACACAUCAAAUUCAAACACUUCCACAACUGCAACAACGCUGAAGAGCUCGAGUAAUGCUUCCAUAUUGAGUUUAUUGAAUAGUGCACCGGCAGCUAUGACUAGUACGCCUGUUGCCAGUGGAACUUUUACUACAACGAGUGGACAACCCUCACAACAGCAACAGCAUACCGUUACUUUGGUGCCACACACUACUACCACCAGUCUCCACCAGCAGCAGCAAGCGCAGCCUCAACAGCAGCAACAACAACAAACAACGGCGGUAGUCACAACAGAUAAUUUUGUACAAGCGGCUGCCCCUCAACCACCUCCCCCCUCAGUGCCAAGUCAGACGCAACGUAAACAAAACGAGGUCUUACAGAAUCUGCUGAAUCCUGGUCGAAAAAUCAACAUUGUAAGCAGUGGUGGGGCGGGAGUUGGUGGCGCCACAACAACAUUUCGUACAAACGCAGCUGGUAAUAUAAUAGCGGUGAAUCUCAAUCAGCCAUCGGGUCAACACCAUAAUCACCAUCAGCAACAGCAGACACAAACCGCACAACAGAUGCACACCGAGCACGUGGUGCAGACGCAACAUCAGCAGCCACAGCCUACCACUGUUCGAGUAUCGAUGUCGGCUUUGGCGUCACAGUUGGCAUCACCGCCUGCCAUAAUGACCAACAGUACAAAUUUCGGUGGUUACACGUUGAGCACUGUAACCGGCACAGGCACGAGUGGAGGCGGAAGCAUCAAAAUACUCAACAGCGGUAUACAACAGCAGCGGGUAUUGGCCAAUGCUUUGCGCAGAGAUUCACUUAAUAGUGUAUCGCAGGGCCCGCCAAAUGCUAUAGUCGUGGGUAUGGCCGCUCCUUCGCCGGGCUCCGAUUCGAAUGCUUCAAACGCCAGCGGUUUUGCGAUACCUCAGUCAACGUCGGCCAGUGGAGGUGGUGGCAGUAGUGGCAAUACCACGACAUUAAAUGCACUCUUAGCGAAUGCCACGCCAUCCCCCUCUGGAUCCGAUCAUUCGCAGUCGUCCCAAAACCAAAAUCAGAGUUUACUUGAGAGACUAAACAGCGGUGGUGUUACGGCGGGUGCUGCUUUGCCCAACAUGUCGCCUCAACAGCAUGCCCACCCCACACCACAACAGCAGUAUAUAACGAAAAGUCUAGUACAAUCUCCCGCCAAUUCUUCCAUACAUUCGCCAAUGUCUAGUCCGCAUCCACAGCCAUCUCCGUCGCCCCAUUUGCCACCGCCACCUCCCACUCAACAAUCUCAGACACCGCAGCAGCAGCAGCAACAACAACAGCAAAAUCAACAACAAACCCAAACGACAACACUCAACCUACAAGGUAUCAACUUCUCCACUCUGCAGGGUGCAAUGGCCAACUUCCCGGGUCUGCAAAAUGUUCAAGUUCAAAUUCCAGGUUUUAAUCAGCCAAUAUCUCUCCAACUGACUGGAGGAAGCAUACAAGCAGUGCAACAACCCGCUCAAUCUAAUAAUUCCGUGUCAGUAGUAGCCACCAGCGUCAGUUCAGCCUCAAAUCAGCAGAGCAACAACAACAGCAGUGCUGUUGUAGCAACACAAAAUUCCAAUACUAGUCAACAACAACAAUCCCAUCCUCAGCAGAGGAGUCUUUUGGUGUCGGUACCGGUGAGCUCGGCCACAAAUCAGCAACAGCAACAAUCUUCCACCCAGCAUACGAUCACCCUGCAACCGCAGCAAUUACACCAGCAGCAUGGAUCGACGGCCACCGGUACAAUAGUUAACUUGCAGACUGGCACCGUUGCCACAGCGACCGGUGGAACGCAGACGGUGGUAUUGACUAACAAUUCUGGUGCUGGUGGUGGUGUAGUGUGUAACACAACGAAUUCAUCGGGCGGCGCCAAUGCCGGAGGCAAUUCUGGAAAUACAGGCACGACAAUGUUAACAUUACCAAUUGCCCAACUGGUAGGAGCUGGUGUACAGAAACUGAAUCCAUCGGCACUGAGAACAUCUAGUGCAACGUCGUCUGGAGCUGGCGUUUCAACAUCGAACGCUGCAACAGCAGCGGGUGGCAGUAUUAUUGUGCAGCAACAACCAUCCCAGAAUCAACAGCAAAGUGUUAAUCAUCAGGGCCAACAGGCCACCAUAACUGUUAGUAGUACGGGUGGUGGUAAUCAAACAAAUCAAGCAAUCCAAUUGGUCGGCACCAUACAACAAGGUGGACGUAAUAUCCAAGUGAUGGGACCGAAACAAUUGGCCGGUAGUCGUCAGAUCAUAACACAACGGCAAAUAGGAGGUUCCACCUUAAAAAUAGCGGCUGCUAAUCCAAUUAAUGCCACUUCUAAUACAAAUAUUACCUCAUCAGCCAAUCUAACUGCCACGCCCAUUGUAAUGUCGACGCAAAAAUUACAACUGAAAACUAUAAAGGCAACUGCGGCGUCACAACAACAACAAAGCCAACAACAGCAGCAACAUCAACGCAUUCUCAAUCAAAUAACAGCAACCGCGCAGACGCAGAAUACGCAAGGAACGCAACAACAGCAUCAAACGCAGACGGUUAUUAUAGGCCAGGCUACCGCUCAAGCAACUGCAGUGCAACAACAAGGCUCCCAGUCCCAGACACAGCAGCAACAACAACAGCAGCAGCAACACAUACAAAUAUCGGCGAGGGCUGGCAGCAAUUUAACGCAACGUGCCAUUACCGCCCUUGUGGCGAAACAGCAGCAACAACAGGCAGCUGCAGCCGCUGUAGCUGCGGCGAAUCGGAGACGUUCUGCGACUGAUGUAAAUAAGUAA